AUGGCUAAGCAGCUGGGCGAUUUUGGCCAAUUCUGGCGAAUGGUUUGGCAACAGAAAGUGGAACGGAUUGCCAUGGUAACCAACUUGGUAGAGGGUGAGAAAACCAAAUGCGAGCAAUACUGGCCUGAUCAUGGCCAAUGUAAGCUAUACGGCGAUAUAAAAGUUAUGUGCAAGGAUGAAAAAGUGUACGCAGAUUUAAUUUGGAGACAGUUUACGUUUUCAAAGUUCACAGCGUGGCCAGACAAGGACAUUCCUGAUAACGUCACAUCAAUUAUAGAGUUUAGACAGAAAGUGAACGCCUUGCCGAUAACCUUUGACGGACUAAUGCUAGUGCAUUGCAGUGCUGGCGUAGGAAGAACGGAAACCUACAUAGCUUUGGACAUUCUGACUAACGAGGGCGAGACAGAAGGAGCUAUAGAUAUCCCGGGAUGUGUUCUCAAUAUGAGUCAGAACAUACCAAGCAUGAUUCAGACUUUGGUGGGAUGUUUCACUGCGGAAAAUGGUUGA